CGGCAGCAAGCAGCUCUCCACACGUCCUCACACGCUCGCUCACUCACUCAUGGACCUGCAGUAGACUUAAGCAACUCUCACAGGGACAGCAUCACAGCGCAAUGGACACAAGCGGCCCCAAGUGUAAGUCAAUGGAGGUGUUGGUGAGUGAGCUGGGCGUGCUGCUGAAGAUGCUGGACCAGGAGAACCUCAGCUCCACCACCCAGGAGAAGAAGACCUCAGUGCGGAACCUCCUGCAGCAGAUAGAGCCAUCAGUGUCAGGAACAGACUACAUCUACAUGAACUCAUCAGUGUACAGAAAUGGCACGAGCUUUGUAGAGUCUCUCUUUGAGACAUUUGAUUGUGAGCUUGGAGACCUAAAGGAUGUUUCGGAUGAUGUGAAAGAAAACAAGAAUGCACAAACUGAAACUUCGAAAAAGCAGAGCUGUGCCGCCCCACACUCAGCUGACUCGCCACCCCCGCUGCCCACAACCCCUCCUCCGGAGGAGUACUACGAAGAGGCAGUGCCCCUGAGCCCUGGCAAGAUGCCUGAGUAUAUAAUAACAAGAGUAAGGUCCAGCCCUCCUAACUCUAUAGAAGAUGGCUAUGAAGAUACAGAAAACCAAUACCCCACUACCUGCUCAAACUUACGUCGCAAAAACUCCUACAAUGAUUCUGAUGCUCUGAGCAGUUCUUACGAGUCCUACGAGGAAGACGAGGAAGAGAGGAGCCCGAGCGUCCGGCUUACUCAUCAGUGGCCCUCCGAUGAGAGCUCCAUGCCUCCUGCCAGGGACUGUCGCAUUUGUGCCUUCCUGCUGCGUAAAAAACGCUUUGGGCAGUGGGCCAAGCAGCUCACUGUCAUACGGGACAACAGGCUACAAUGUUAUAAGAGUUCCAAAGACAUGUCCCCCUACGUGGACCUGCUGCUGCCCCAAUGCACUGUAGUCUACGUCCCCAAAGACACCAAGAGGAAGCAUCACGAGCUUCGCUUUACCUUACCCAAUGGAGACGCGCUGGUGCUGGCGGUACAGAGCAAAGAGCAGGCCCACACGUGGCUUACGGUUGUCAGAGAGGUGAGCAGUCAGAGUGCAGCGCCCGAGGAAUCGGCAUCUCCUGUCAUUCUCAGAAAAUGUGAACUUGAUAAGAGGUUGUCUGCGGAGAGGAACACAUCGGAUUCAGACAGUGUGGGCGUGUCAGCUGGAGAGAACUGCAGAGAGAAUGGUAAGGUGAAACGGGGUCCUUUUGCUGCGGGGCGUAAGAUCACACGCAUCAUCAGCUUCUCAAAGAAGAAGUCCACUCGGACAAGUGACCCACAGACAUACAGCGAUCCUCGGCAAGGCCAUUUGUCAGUGCUGGUGAACCAGGUGUGGCGGGAGCAGUGGUGCUGCGUGUGCAGAGGUGCCCUGCACUUCUACCAUGACAAAGGAGAUCCUCGGAUGUCUCUCCCUUCCCUUCCUCUCCACGGCUGCGAGGUGGUUCCAGGACUCGGACCCAAGCACCCCUUUGCCUUCCGUGUCUUACGGGACAGCACAGAAGUGGCUGCCCUGGAGGCAAGCAGCUCAGAGGAGCUUGGACGGUGGCUCGGUCUCCUCCUGGCAGAAAUGGGCUCUGCGACAGACCCAGAAUCACUGCAUUACGACUAUGUAGAUGUGGAAACCAUUGCUAACAUCCGUGAUGCUGCGCGGCAUUCCUUCCUGUGGGCUACCUCCUCCAGCAGCACCUCCACAGAUUCUAGAACAUACGACGAGGUACCUAACGAGGAUCUGCAGUCAGGAGAGAACCACAGGCAGCAGUCUGGGAAUACAGGGAAACGGCGCUCAAAUUUCUCAAGCAGCGACUCUGACAGAACCAAGCCAUUAGUCUCCCUGAAGCGAAUAGGCUCACAUACCAGCCAGUACGGAAGGUAUGGGAAAACGCGAGCAGAAGAAGAUGCCAAACGCUACCUCAGAGAAAAAGAGGAGCUGGAGAAAGAGCGAGAUGGCAUACGUAAUGCACUAGUAACCCUCCGACAGCAGAAGAGAGAGCUGAAAGAAGAGCUGAAGACAGCUGCAGAUAAGAGGAAGUCCUUCCUGAACAAGCAUGUGGCUCAGUUGGAGGAGGCCUGUCGAGCUAAAGAGGCAGAGAGGGUGGACCUGGAACUUCGACUGACUCAGGUCAAAGAAAACCUAAAUAAGAGCCUGGCAGGAGGAACCCUGGGGGCAUCAGCGGAGGCUAAACCUCCUGUUCAGGCUUCCAGCAAGAAGAUCCAGAAUAUCUACAGUGAUUCUUUACCAGUAAAUUGUGCCGCAGAGCUGCGUAGGAGGCCACCGUCUGUUUACGCUUCUUGUACUGGAACUGUCAUGCAGAAAGCAAAGGAAUGGGAGUCAAAGAAAGGAACCUAGGAGGACGAGGGAAAUAAUGCAUAUCUGGAAGAGACUUUGGACACUUUGCCUAAAAUUUGCCAUUUAUAAAUGAAAGUCAAGA